CUGAGACAGAAUCAGUCAGCCAAGUCUCUGUGAGAACCAGAAUAUCAGGGAUUGUGUCCUGCACCCAGAUAUGAGGUAGGUCCAACUGAGUUACAAACAAAGACACAGCCAGGAGUACACUCAGACUAGCUUGGAACAUAGAGUAGCUUUUUUGUACCUCUUAUCAGGGUGUUUGACAGUUUGUUGAUAAUUGUGAGACCUCUGUUGUUUUGGAACAAGAGGUUUCUCUUCUGCACAUUGUUUCAGACUAGAAGGASAGACAAAGAGACAUAGACAGAAAGAAAAGAGAGAGACACACAAAGCAAUAAACAGACAGACAUUCAGUGUUGGAAGACAGCCAUGGGAGUUGAGGAGCAGAGGGCUGGGGAGUUUUACGUGGAGAGGGAUGUUAUGAACGAGCUUUGCUUGGACGAGUUGGCCAGAAGACGGACUCACUCCACCAGACCUCUCCUGAAGGAGCGGGUGAAAGAUUCCCUCAGGUGUUCAGUGCCCAAGCUGAAGCGUUCUGUGCUGAGCUUURUACCUAUCCUGUCAUGGCUGCCUCGUUACUCAUUGAGACAAGACGCACUGGGAGACCUGAUAUCUGGCAUAAGCAUUGGCAUCAUGCACCUGCCUAUGGGUUUGUACCACCUCUACUGUUUGAACACACACAGGAUCAUAGGAGCAACACUUAUCUCUUACUACUGCAAACUGCACAGCCUAUACAAAGUGGCCGUCGUCGGACAGAUCCCCAAAGGACUACAGCCUCCCAGGUCACCUGACAUUAGUAUGUGGGGUUCGGUAGUUGGUGAUGCAUUCGUAGUAGGCAUAGUGGGAUAUGCCCUUAACAUCUCCUUGGGAAAAAUAUUCGGCCAAAAACACGGCUACAACGUGGACAGCAACCAGGAGAUGGUGGCUCUUGGUCUCUGUAACAUAGUGGGAGGAUGCUUUCAAUGCCACGCUAUUGCUGCUUCUCCGUCCCGUACCCUCCUCCAGGAUAGCACUGGGGGCAAGACACAGGUUGUGGGGCUGAUUUCUUCAGUACUUGUGCUGAUCUUCAUUCUGCAACUGGGGUCACUGUUUGAGGAGCUACCCAAGGCUGUCCUGGCCUGUAUAGUGCUUGUGAACCUGAAAGGCCUUUUUAUGCAGUUUAAAGACAUUCCUGAACUCUGGAAGAGCAAUAAGGUCGACCUGCUGGUGUGGUUGGUAACGCUGGUGUGUACUAUCUUGCUGAACCUGGACCUCGGCCUAGGUGCAUCCAUCGGCUUCUCUAUGCUCACUGUCAUCUUCAGAACACAACUGCCGCGGUACUCUAUCCUGGGGCAUGUUCCUGGGACUGAGCUCUACCUGGAUACAGACACAUAUGAGGAGGCAAAAGAGAUACCAGGUAUCACUAUCUUCCGWUCCUCCACCACAAUGUACUAUACCAACGCUCAGCUAUACCUGGAUGCACUGCAGGAGAAGAGUGGAAUUGACAUUGGAAUGCUGCUGAUGAAAAAGAAGAAAAGAGACACUGAAGAAAAGAGGAAAGACAUGAAAGAAAAAAAUAAAGCCAAAAAGGAGGCAAAAAAACAGAAUGGUGUGAAUGGAUACCUACCCAACAGAACAUUCCAUCCAGAGGAAAAGGGGGAUGUAGAGAAAGGUUCCCCAGACCUGAAAUUGCACCAGACGGCCAUUGCCCUAGUUGACCGACCCAUCAACGGACAGGUAAACUGGGCCUUUGAGCAGCAAGGUAACGGGUUCGACCAGGACUCUAAAACUGGUAUUCAUGGCGAUGAUCACAUAACCCAGACGUCCAGUACCGGAGGAGAAGGAGAGAUGGGGAGGAGCUCCGUCAACGACACACACACCAUCAUCCUGGACUUAUCCACAACCAACUUUGCUGACACGGCCACUGUGAAGACGCUGAAAAACAUAUUCCUAAACUACAGAAAGAUCGACAUUGACAUUUUUUUAACUGGAUGCCAAGUCUGUGUGGUGGAGCAGUUAUUGAGUGCAGGCUUCUUCUCUGAGUCCAUCCCUAAGAGCUGUCUGUUCGCAACGAUCCACGACGCGGUGCUACACAGCCUCCGACUGCAUGGGGCCUCAGACGUACCCAUCAUCUAUGAGUAUGCUCUGGACCUGACCUGCACUACCAAGAUGUAACCAACAGGGGUCACUUUGUUCCUCUUCCACUCCACUCCCUUCCACUCCACCUUUUCCUUCUCCUCCUCUCGUCACUCCGCAUUCCACUGCCU